CCCAUUCAACUUGCAUAAAUAAACAAUUCAUUCUUUUUCUCAUUCAUUCAUUCAUUGCCCACCAUCUGUUUGCUAUAUUGCCCCACACACAAAACAACAAGAAAGAAAGGGAAAUUCUUCAUUUUGUUUGAUUGAUUUGAUUUCAGAGAGGAGGAGAUAAUUAAUAAUUGAGGUGUGGUGAAGAAUUUUGUUGGAUUGAAGGUAGGAGGAGGAAAAAGGUCCCACCUACCUACCUUUCACAUUCAUCAUCACCAUCCUCUUCAUCAAUCUCUUUUUAAUCAAUCUUCUCUUCUCUACUUUGCAUUGUUUUUGUGGAUCUUGAGGUGUUUUUACUUCACACACCAACUUGCUAGAUCUAUUUCUAUAUUAUUUUAUUCUAUCUUAGACAUUAAUUAUUCAUACAAGAUUUGUUCAUCAAUCCAAGAGAUUUUCUUAUUCUGCACAUGUUGUUCUUAUUAUAUAUUUCUUGUUAACUUCACCUCUCUUCAUUGAUUGAAUGUUGCUUGGGUUGUGUUUGUGAAAAGUAUUCAGAGAGUUAUUAGUAUUAAGCUGCUUAAGGUUUGUUUUGUGACCAAAUAAACAUAGCAGUGUUCAUUCUUGUGGGUGUCUCUACCUCAUCUAAAGCUUUGAUUUGGGAGGCCCACCAUUGGGUUUUGGUGGGCUUUUCAUUGAGCCAAUAAAAAACCCAUCUUUAAAAGGCUUCUGAAUUGCUUGAAUGUUUCUAAAAAAGGGAGGGAAAGUGUGUGUCAAUUGUCAUUUGUGCUAGCCAUUUCUGUUCCAUAUAUUUAUAUAUAUGUACAACUCAAACUUGACACUUGAGAGAUAUUUUUGUAUCAAAUUUUCUAAUGCUACUUUACUUUAUAACUUGUGUCUCUUUCUUUCUGUUUUUGAAACCACUUCUCCUUCUAAAACCACUUCCAUCAUGGACAAAUGAGGUGAGGUUGAUCUCGCUUUUGUUUCACAAAGAUUUGUGUGUCAAAUCCAUUUUGAAGUUGUUAAGGAAGACGUUUGUUUCAAGAAUGUCUUUUGUGAAGAAGAGAUUUGUUUCAAAAGUAGAAAGUGUCGAGGAGGAGAAAGACUCGUCGCAACAAGAUUUGUCUGUGUUGGAUUUGCCUGAGCUUGUGUUGGAUAGCAUUCUUGAGAGGCUACCUCCGUCUUCGCUUUGUCAAAUGGCCGGCGUUUGUCAUUCGUUGAGGGAGAGAUGUGUGAGUGAUCACCUUUGGGAGAGACACAUGAAACAGAAAUGGGGUAGAGUUAUCGGUUCUGUUGCUUAUAGGGAGUGGAAAUGGCACGUUGCUUCUAAAAAGGAUGUUGGAAGCCUCAGACAGGGCAAACAGAGGAGCUUGAUCAUGUUUAUGUCCCUUCGUUGGCCUUUUACAUGGAUGAGAAUGAAGCUUGAUGCAGCAUAUAUUGACAGUGCUAAGAAGCAGAGUAGUUAUUUGUCUCCUGAUUCAUUCAUGACUUGGUAUCUUGCUCUUGAGAAUGGAAAUUUCUCGUUUCCUGCUCAAGUCUAUAACCGCGAGAAUGGCCAUGUUGGGUUUAUGCUAUCAUGCUAUGAUGCUGAGGUUACAUAUGAUCCACACACCGACACCUUUCAAGCAAGGUAUCCACCACAUGGAAGAAGGGCUGCAGCAGUAGAGCAUGGCAUCCAAUGGGAAAGGCUAAGAGCACCGCCUGUUGAUAGUCCUCCACACGAUCUUCAUAUUGCUGAUUGUCUACAUGAUUUGCAUCCUGGUGAUCACAUAGAGAUUCAGUGGAGGAGAAACAAAGAUUUUCCUUAUGGUUGGUGGUAUGGUAUUGUAGGCCACUUGGAGUCAUGUGAUGGUAAUGAAAAUUACUGCCGUUGUCACAAAAGUGACACAGUGGUGCUAGAGUUCAAUCAGUACACUACGGAUUCGCGUUGGAGGAAGACAACUAUUAGUAGGAAAGAUCACCGAGAAGAAGGAAACGAGGCAGACGGAUUUUACGGUGGAAUUAGAAAGAUCAAGAGCGAGAAUGAAAUCUCCGUUUGGAGAAGCAUUUGGCCUUCUGAAGUCUUGGAUUAAUAAGAUCAAAUUUUCCAUAUGUCAUGACUAGUAUUCUUAUUCAUAGCAGAUUCUUCUGCAUUAGAGAGAAGGGUAAUAGGAUUCUCAUUAAGCCAAAGGGACAUCGAGCUUAUCCUAUUUGCUUUCUCUUUUUCAUUAUCACAAUUUUUUCAUGGAAAAUUGUAGGCUUGCUCAAUAUCAAUCAAUGUAAAUUAAUUACAUUCAUUCCAUAAUAUAUAGAAUGAUUAAAAUUUAUCUGUUA